AUGCCGAAACCCAAUCCCUUUCUAAAUCUCUUCAGGAGACAUUACUCGCAGAAUGCAGCGAUGCUCUCUCGAACACGGCCCACACAUUCACCCAGCGCCUGCGCCCGCGCACAAUGCCUCCGCCUGCGCCUCGACCCACGCUUCUUCGUCGCCCGCCAGACCCGCCACGUCGGGGGCGGCCCCGGCCUCGACCCAAACUUCGUUUCGAUUCUGGACCGGCCGGCGAAAAUGGCGCGCGUGGGCAAACAACAUGGGCCAGGCCUCAUCAUCCUCGCCAUCAUACCCGUCACGGCGUUUCUGCUCGGCUGCUGGCAGGUGCAGCGGCUAGGCUGGAAGACGGACCUGAUUGCGCGGUUUGAAGACCGCUUGACGUUUCCGCCGUUGGAGUUGCCGCUCAGGAUCGACCCGGACGCCAUCAAGGACUUUGACUACAGAAAAGUGUAUGCGACUGGCGUGCUGAGACAUGAUCAGGAAAUGCUGAUUGGGCCGCGCAUGCUCGAUGGCGAGGAGGGGUAUACGGUUGUGACGCCGCUGGAGCGCAAAGACGCGAGGGGAAAUGUGCACAAGAUACUUGCGUGUCGAGGGUGGAUUAAGAAGGAGGCAAGCCCGCAGUGGUUUCGCAAGAAGAAUGGCGCGCUGCCAGAGGGCGAGGUCACGAUUGAGGGAUUGUUGAGAACACCGCCCAAGGGCAACAUGUUUACGCCAAAGAAUGAGCCCGACAAGGGCAAGUGGUUUUUUCCUAGUGUCGAGGAAAUGGCAGAGCACACUGGGAGUCAGGCAGUUUGGGUGGAGGAGACCAUGACGCCGGAUUUGCUCACAAACUAUGAACGCGAACCAAAGGGCGUACCGAUUGGUAGGGCGCCAGCAGUCAAUCUGCGAAACAAUCAUACGCAGUACAUUUUCACGUGGUACGCAUUGAGUCUUGCAACUUCUGUCAUGUUCUGGAUGGUGGUAAAGAAGCCCGCGUCAGGUACCCAACGGCGAGUACGCCACAGCGUGGACUGGUCGUGA